CUCACCAAGAGUGGAGUCUAUCCUAGCCUAAGAAUAGUUCCACCGUGCCAACAACUAUUCAGGAUCAUUAAUAUAUAAAAGGGGGUAUUAGCAUGAGAAAGUGAACACCAAAGCUUGAAACCAUAGAAAAUACUAAUGAUUAUGGGAGCUAAAAGAUUGAUUUUGUUAGGAAUGGUUGUGCUGCUGAUAGUGAAUUUGUCACAGAGUGAAGAGAUUCCUGAAAUGAGCAAGUUUAAUAGCAGUGUUUUUCCUGAUGGUUUUAUCUGGGGAACUGCUACUUCUGCUUAUCAGACUGAAGGUGGACUUGAUAAGAGAGGAAUUAACAUAUGGGAUACAUUUUCACAUAACUAUCCAGGAAGGAUAGAUGAUGGCAGCAAUGGAGAUGUUGCCACUGAUUUUUAUAAAUUUUACAAAAACGAUACCGAAGAUAUGAAUAAGCAACUAGGGAUGAAUGGUUUCAGAUUCUCCAUUUCAUGGGCAAGAGUAAUACCUACUGGGAAUAUAAGCGAAGGAGUAAGCGAGGAAGGAAUUGAAUUUUACGAUAGAGUUAUUGAUGAAAUUAUAAAAAAUGGCAUGGAGCCUUUUGCGACUCUCUUUCACUGGGAUGUUCCUGAAGCUCUUGAAGUCAAGUACGGCGGUUUUAGAAGUCCUAAGAUAGUGUCCGAUUUUGAGGAUUUUGCAGCGCUUUGUUUUAAAAGAUUCAACAAUAAAGUGAAGCAUUGGAUAACUUUUAACGAACCGCAUAUAUUUACGGUAUUUGGGUAUGAUACGGGCAGUUUGGCUCCGGGGCGAUGUUCAUCUUGGGUGAAUAAAGCAUGCGCUGCUGGAAACUCAGGCACUGAACCUUACAAAGUUGCUCAUCAUUUGCUUCUGGCUCAUGCCAAAGCCGUCCAACAAUACAGGAAACUAAACACUGUUGGCAAGAUUGGAAUAACACUCGAUGUAACUUUUGGCGUACCUUACUCCGGCAGUGAAGCUGACCGUAACGCAACCAGUCGAUACCUUGAUUUCAUAUUUGGUUGGUUUAUGGAACCCAUAACCCAUGGUCAUUAUCCGAGGGUUAUGCGGAAUUUAGUUGGAAAUCGGUUGCCGAUUAUUACAGACGAAGACUCUCAGCUGCUAAAAGGAUCAUAUGAUUUCGUUGGCCUCAACUAUUAUACUUCAAAUUAUGUUUCUGAUAUUCUUAGUCCUAAACCUGUUCCAGAUCAUUUUAGAUACACAACAGAUAUGCAAGUUAGUUUGACAACGUAUAAUAAAGAAGGAAAGCCUAUUGGUGAGCAGGCUUCUCCCUCAUGGUUGUAUGUUGUUCCAGAAGGGAUCAAAAACCUGUUAAACUACACCAAAAAUGUAUAUGAAGAUCCAAUAAUUUAUAUUACUGAAAAUGGAGUUGGUGACAAUAGCACCUUCCCACCGGAGGAAGCUCUUAAAGAUUUAUGGAGGAUAAAAUAUCAUCGAAGCCAUCUUUGGAAUGUGUUUCGAGCCAUUUGUGAAGACAAAGUUAGAGUAAAGGGAUAUUUUGCAUGGUCAUUCAUAGACAACUUUGAGUGGGCGAGUGGUUAUACGGUGAGGAUGGGAUUAUAUGCUACCGAUACCAACAAUAAGUUGAUGAGAACUCCCAAGCUCUCCGUUGGUUGGUUCAACCAAUUCUUGAAGGAUAAAAACUCCACUGCUGGCCCCAAAUGCCCUUUGCGUCUACUCCAAAAUCAGGAUAAACAAGAGUUUUAAUUAUAUACAUUGUGUUUUUAAGUUCAUUUUAAUUUUAAGUUAUGAAAUAAGGUUGAGACACUGUUUAAGUUAACCCUCUGUGUCGUUCAAAUAAAUGGAAGUUUGAAAUAUCACUUGCACCUGA